AUGUCAAAUGCACCCACCCGUCUGACUUCCAUUUCAUCUCAUCUCAGAACCAGUAAACCGAAAGUCGUUGUGUGCAGGGACCUUGGGCCGGAUGUAAUGCCUUUAUUGACCAAGAGAGAUGAUAUCGAGGUUGUUUUAUGGACUGAGGAUCGUGUCUCUGACCGACAAUGGCUGCUGGAGAAUGUAAAGGGCGCCGUUGGUAUCGUCAUAGUUUUCUCAGAACUAGUCGACGCAGAACUUUUGGAUGCUGCUGGGCCCAAUCUCAAAGUCGUGUCUACAAUGUCAGUGGGCUACGAACAUAUCCACGUACCAGAGCUUGCGAAACGAAAUAUUCGAUUGGGCUACACACCCGACGUGCUUACCGAUGCAGUCGCCGAUAUAUCGGUGAUGCUUGCAUUAAUGGCCGGUCGAAACGCAAAUGAAACUAUGGGAAUUGUGAGGGAAGGAUUAUGGCCGAAAUUCAUCUGGGCACCCUUCGCGCUAUGUGGCCCUCAGCUCAGCACUUCUGGGGUUUCUCCCUCGCGUACGGUUGGUUUCCUCGGAUUCGGUCGGAUCUCACAUGCCACCCUCGCGCGCUUGAUUCCCUUUGGAGUAACUGAUUGCAUAUACUCCUCUAACCCGAAUUCGUCUACUUCACACAAGAAAGAACGCGACGAGAAGCUUCUCGGCCAACAUCAGCCCCAGCUCAAGUCUUUACGAGCCGUCGAUCUAGACACUCUUGGGCGAGAAUCAGACGUGCUGUUUAUUUUGGCUCCUGGGGGACCUUCAACACAACAUCUCGUCAACGAAGACUUUCUUCGCAAGAUGAAGAAGCAUAGCGUGCUUGUAAAUGCUGGAAGAGGAACUGUGGUUGACUCUGACGCAUUAGCAAAGGCGCUAAGAGAAAAGUGGAUCUGGGGCGCGGGCAUUGACGUUGUCGAAGGUGAACCCAAUGUCGGAAAGGAUCAUCCUUUACUUAAGGAACCGAGAUGUAAUAUCCUUCCUCAUAUCGGAAGUGCCUCGUUUGAAACGCGAUUGGCUAUGGCUACUUUAGCUGUCGACAACUGUCUUGCAGGUAUUACCGAACAGGAAAUGCCUGCUGAAUUAGAUGUCAAAGCAUUAUGA